AUGCCACUUUCGGAAUACAAAUUGUGUGUUUUCGGAUCAGGUGGUGUAGGAAAAUCAUGUUUGACAAUGCAAUUUGUUCAACGUAUUUUCAUGCCAAGAUAUGAUCCAACAAUCGAAGAUGUUUAUAAAAAGACCGUAGAAAUCGAUGGGCAACAAUAUUCACUGGAAAUUCUCGAUACAGCCGGCACGGAAGAAUUCUCUGCAAUGCGAGAUCUGUACGUGAAAAAUAGUCAUGGAUUUAUUCUAGUCUAUUCGAUCACAUCACAAGCAACAUUCAACGAUUUGACUGACUUCUACGAACGAAUCAUUCGCAUUAAGGAUACUGAAAUUAAUGGCACGCCACCAAUGGUCUUAGUUGCCAACAAAAGUGAUCUAGAAGAUGAACGUGCUGUCGGACGUCAAGCAGGACAGGAAUUAGCAAGGCGAUGGAAAUGCACUUUUCUUGAAACUUCAGCCAAGAAUCUUCUUAAUGUUAAUGAAAUAUUCUUUGAUCUCGUUCGACAGAUCAAUCGAGCAGUUGUGCGACAUGGCGGUCGUUUUGACAACGAUCCGCGAAGCUCGACUCGACCACCGAUGACAAAGUCUCAGCCAGUCAAUGCUCAGACAUCGAAAAAGAAAUCUCGUCAUCAAAAAGACAAAUGUGUUCUACUUUAA